AUGCCUUCAUGCCAGGAACCCCCGCAGCCUGUCAACGAAGUAACUCCGAUAGUGAGCCACAACAGCUUCCAGCAACGACGGUAUAACUCCAUGGAGAAUGUUCUCAGAAAUGGGGAUGCGGGGCGAGUAAAAUCUCCGACAGGCCUCAGAAACCCGAGUCGGCAGGGCUCCAGCGCAGACGCCGAGGAGCAUCAUGCGUCGUGGCUCUCUCAGGUCGCAGAUAGAUAUGGUAGCCUCGAGCUGGAAAAUAAAGGGAGUGUUGCUCGAGAUCAUCUGGCCUUAGAACGAACAUUCCUCGCGUGGCUGCGGACAUCAUUAGCCUUUGCUUCUAUUGGAAUUGCCGUGACACAGCUUUUUCGUCUCAGUAAUACUACUAUGCGAAGCGCAAAUGGCAUGGAAGUUGCGCCGCAGAGCAUAUCCUCCUUUUUAUCGCCAGCUGACGAUGGCUCCGAUAUGAUCAGAAUAACCGACACAUCGGAGCGCCUUCGAAGUCUCGGCAAGCCGCUGGGAACGACCUUUAUCGGGGUUGCUAUACUCAUUCUCAUAGUUGGGUUCCACCGCUACUUCGAAAGCCAAUACUGGAUAAUCCGGGGCAAGUUCCCUGCGAGUCGCGGAAGUAUUGCUUUGAUUGCUUUUGUAGCCUUUGCUCUGAUUGUAGCUGCGCUAGCCGUUAUCAUCGCGAUUUCCCCUGGCGCUAUUGAAACCUAA